CGCCAGACAUUGGCGAUGAUAAGCAUCAGAUACUUGGCAAGAUGGCGGAUCAAAACAAAUCCUCUGGCGAUGCUCCAGUCGCAACCAAUUCGAGGCCUAUCGAUGACCGCGACCGCCAUGGCAAAGACAGGAAGCGCGGGAAUGACGGCGGGCGAGAAUCUGGGAAAGGCAGAGGGCGCGGGGGCCGCGGGGGUAAUAACCAUGGUUCGCGCCAGCCGAAGACAGAGAAGGGUAGGGGGGAAUGGAGCCGAAAUCUAGUUGACAAGCGCAAGAGGAAUGAGGAGGAGCAAGAGUCAAAGAGACGAAAAAUCGCCGAGUUCGGAGAGGGCGCUGUCCCUGAAUCACCAUUUUCGAAAGAGGAAAUAGCAGCAGAGGAGCGCAGACCAAAGCGCAAAGUGGCUGUGCUUAUUGGUUAUGCAGGAUCUGGAUACAAGGGCAUGCAAAUAAAUACGACAGAGAAGACCAUUGAAGGAGACCUCUUUUCCGCCUUUGUGACGGCAGGGGCCAUUUCCAAAGCCAAUGCAGAUGACCCAAAGAAGUCUUCGCUGGUCCGCUGUGCGAGAACGGACAAAGGUGUCCACGCUGCAGGCAAUGUCAUAUCUCUAAAACUGAUCAUCGAUGAGGAAGGCAUCGUGGAGAAAAUAAACGCUGCAUUGCCUCCACAGAUCAGGGUCUGGGGCAUAGAGAGAACCAACGCAUCUUUCAGUUGCUACCAGACAUGCGAUUCCAGAUGGUAUGAAUAUCUCAUCCCGACUCAUUCGUUCUUGCCGCCCCAUCCCCAGAGCUAUCUUGCAAAGAAGCUGGUUGAUUCCGCUACCGCAGAGGGAAACCUGGAAUCCUACAACUCUCGCCAGGAAGAGGUUGCUGGUUUCUGGGCUGAAACUGAGGAGAAAUACAUCAAGCCGAUACUUGAAAAACUUGACCCAGAGCUACGAGCCAGUGUUAUGUCAGCUAUCCAUACAGAGGAUGUGGUUGAGAACCCUGAUGAGAAUACCGAGGAGGAGAAAACCUCCUCGGGGAAACCUGCUACUCCUGCAUUAAAAGAUGAAUCCGAAGGUGGUCAAGUUAAGGAGAGCACAUCAACAGAUUCUACGGGGGAUGCGAAAACAUCUCCUGAGACAACGGAUGACAAGGAGGACUUACCCGCUACUAUCACUGCCGCAGCGGGCGAGAAGAUAGAGAAGAUACCGAAACCUCUCACUCCAUUGGAGGCGGCCAUUAAAGAAGUUAAGGCGGCUUAUAUUAAAGCCAAGAAGGCGUAUAGAAUUUCCGAGACUCGCCGCGAUAGAGUGCAAGAAGCACUGUCCGCAUAUCUGGGAACACGAAACUUCCACAACUAUACGAUUCAGAAGAGUUUCAAGGAAGAUUCCGCAAAGCGAGUCAUCCGCUCAUUCACUGUAAACCCUGAACCUGUUUACGUUAAUGACACCGAAUGGUUGUCUCUCAAGGUCCAUGGGCAAUCUUUCAUGAUGCACCAAAUCAGAAAGAUGGUGGCUAUGGCAGCGCUGGUGGUCCGAUGCGGCACUCCAAUCGAGCGCAUUAAUGAAAGUUACCAGAACCAUAAAAUCAGCAUUCCAAAAGCGCCUGGGCUUGGUCUCCUUUUGGAGAGGCCCGUAUUCGAUAGCUACAACAAGAGAGCCGUCGAGGACCUUCAACGAGAGAAGAUUGAUUUUACGAAGUAUGAGGCAGAGAUCAACGAGUUCAAACAACGGGAGAUUUACGAGAGAAUAUACAGGGAAGAAGAGAAGGAGAACCAAUUCCAUACCUUCUUCCACCAUAUCGAUCACUAUCGCUCAGAGUACUUCCUAUGGGUUACCUCCACCGGCAUCUCUGCUGCCAAACAGGCCUUGGGCAAGGGUGAAGUCCCCAGUAAGGCGGACGAAGCGGUGGGAUUGGGCUCUGAAGAUGAGGGUGGAAAUGGUGCCGAAGAGGGUUGAACCGGAGCUCCCUGAAAGAUAGGAAAGGGUGCGAUGUACAUGUAUAGAUAGGGUUCUAUAAGCUAGCCACUAUCUGUAGUUUCGUUUGGGCCAAUUUGGUUUCCCACAAAGGCGACCCUUAUUGCUAAUUCUGCCAAUGUCACAUACAUACUCC